AUGAAGCGAUUGUUUGCGAAGAAGCUUAUCUUGCCUUUUGUAUGCUUGGUUUGCAUAUCUCUCAUGUUUGUGAGACAAAACGUUUAUCAGUGGAAACCUGUUCUUGGUGAGGAUGGGCUAGUUCGAAUGUUGCAUUCUCUGCAGCAGGAGCAGACAAGAAACAGAAUACUAUUGAUUCAGACAGAUAAUGGUACCCUCGGAACUAUUUCUGAAAGACACAGUGACAGUCAUAAAUCCAAGAAGCUUGAGCAGCGAAACGCCACAAGAAAGUGGUUUGAUAAUCGACCGAAUAUAACUUCAUCAAAACUGGCCGUUGAGAAACAUCCGCUGUUUCCGGGCUACAUCAUUGAGAAUCCAGACGUGUGCAAGAAAGAAAACGUUGACGUGCUAGUGUAUCUACACAGCGCUGUGGAUCAUAGAGAAGUGCGCAGAAGCAUCCGCGAAAGCUGGGCCAGUCAUCGAACCUUCGUGGGCAUCAACUUGAAGCUUGUGUUUAUUCUCGGGAAACCUGCCGACCAGAUGACGCAGUACCAGAUCGAAUCGGAGUUUGCCGCAUAUUCAGACAUCAUUCAGGGAAAUUUCUCAGAUACGUUCAAGAACCUGACAUACAAGGCGGUUACCCUGCUUGUCUGGGUGAACGCUCACUGCCCAAAUGCCCGUUAUAUCGUGAAAGCUGAUGACGAUAUGUUCGUUGAUAUUUACAGGGUGAUAUCAGAGAUUGUGCCGCAGCUGGCUCAGAAGAAAUCAGCGGUAGCUUGCGAUGUGAAAACUGACAUGCCUAUUCCCCGAGAUCCCCGGAUCAAAUGGUACGUUAACGAAACGCUGUUGCCUGGAAGAGUUACAUGGCCAACAUUUUGCUCCGGAUACUUUCUUGUGUUUACUGGCAAUAGUGUCUUACAACUUUUCGAGGCUUCGUUUGGCAUUCAGCAGCUGAUCCCCAUUGAUGAUGCAUACCUGUUUGGACUGUUGACUGAGAAAAACGCAUCUCUUGAAUUUGUAAACAUUCACGACCUGAUAUCCGUAAACGAGCGACCAGACCCAGAUAGAGAAAUCAUCGUCAAUGGCAAAUUUGAGUUCAUAGCAUUUCAAGUGAAGUCACCUGACUAUCACAGCAAGCUCUGGGCUUUGCGGUCUAGCAAACUGUCCACGUGGGAGCAAAUACACAGCAAUUUUUACGAAAUAUUCCAAGAUUCAGAAAAGAAUUCUCUGUAUAUUGUAUGA